AUUUCUAAAAUGAUACAUGUAAACAUUAUGAUUUAUUUCUAUUAUUCUCCAAAAAAUGGGUUAAUUUCUAAGACGAAAACGCCAAAAUGCGGUGGUCAGACACCCUUAAUUCCGGCUGGUCUACCACUUUAAUUUAACCUCGAUAAUGUCAGUUGAUGUUUUUCGGAGACCCCUACACUGCUAUAUCCUUUUGAGCAUCUGGAUCUUAUUAUUAGUUGGCGGCGUGUACAAAUACCUUGAACCGAAGCCAAGGUAUCCCACCGCUUCUAUUGCGACGGAACAAUAUCAUAAUCUCGUACUCGACGUCAAAACGAAGCGUAUAUUCAAAGUUUGCAAUUUGCCCGACGACAUUAAGAGCGGCGACGAAGGUUUCGACUCGAAACAGUGGACCUUAAGGGGUUUAUUGGUUUUAAUUCGGCACGGAGAUCGUGGCCCACUUCAACAUGUCACGAAUAUUUCCUACGUUAAUUGCGGAUAUUCCGAUACGGACGCGCAUUUGAAGCUAUACCAGGGUUUCUUUUGCAAAAUUUCGUCCGAGGCUUUGCAGGUUAUGGCCAGUAACGUUCCCGAAAUAAACUACUGCUGCGAAAUUUGCGGUCUCGAAGGCCUAGGCGAGGAUGAGCUUCGUACCCAUACAAAUAAUGCUCACAUCGAGGGGCAAGGUGUUUGCCCUUUCUGUCAGCUAUCGGCGGUCUCCUCGGCCGAAUUACUUCUGCACGUGAAUCAGGCCCAUCUCGACUAUCUCACGCCGGAAUUGGAGUGCAAUAUGGGUUUCAUCGACGAUGCUAGUCCAAGGUUCGUAUUUUCAAUCUAUUAUCGUACUGUAGCAGCGGAUUUUAGCGAUUGUAGUAACAGCACAAAUGGGGAAAGUCAUUAUUCGCCAUCUAUUCGUUUCGAGAACCAGAAGUGUAAUAAUAUUAAUUUAAAUUUAUCAUCGAAGAGUAUUUUAAAUGGUGAUAUUAGUCCUAGUAAAUCCAGCCAUGGCGAGGGAUCGCCUCUUCGAACUAGUCUUAAUCUUAAACUUCGAAGUCCCGUUCCUUUAUUACAUUGUCCGAUGUGUACAUAUACGAGCGUUAGCCCGGACGAACUCGAGGAGCACAUCAAUAGGCAGCACUUCGAUUUAACAUCGCCGUCCGUCGGCGGUUGUACAGGUGAGGUAUUCGCCUGUCCGCUCUGCUUUAAAGCGUUCGAUACCGCGCCCGACCUAGAGCUGCACGUCAACAUCGAACAUCGAGACAUCCUUUCGCCGGCGAGUCCGUCGAAAACGACUUGCCCGGUCUGCUCCAUGGUUCUCGACAAUGACAGCGAGGAAGCGGCGCGGCACGUCGAAUCUCACUUUCCCGCCGGAUCGCCGUUGCAGGUCGACAAGGCGACGCUCAGGGAACGAGAGCAGCGGGAGUUUGAGCUGCUGCGCGCGCAGUAUGGGAUGGACAAUCAGGGCAAUUUUCGCGAGCAGUCCGUUACUAAUAUGCAAAGGGCGGUGUACGCGGGCGAAAUGAGCGUUUCAGAUUACUAUGAGAGAACUUUAGACUUACGGGCGGCGGAAAGCUGUGGUGUCGACGAUGGCAGUUCUGUUACACGUAACUUGGUUACAAAAGUGAGAAGUUUCAGUAAUACCUCGCAAAAUAUAGUUCGGAUUUUAACAUGUAGCAGUGUGGACCAUUACGCUUCAUCGUACGGCGACAGAGGCUGGGGUUGCGGAUAUCGAAAUGCUCAGAUGCUUAUAUCGAGUUUGUUGACGCACACAGGCUACAAUGACAAACUGUACAAACUCUGGCAAGGUCAGAAGCCGCCGCGCUCCUCCGUUCCAAGCAUAUCACGUCUGCAGAACCUAAUCGAACAGGCUUGGUCUCAGGGAUUCGAUAUUCAGGGCUCCGAGCAGCUCGGUUCGCGAUUAAUAAAUACAAGAAAGUGGAUCGGUGCUACCGAGGUCGUAACUCUACUUUCAUUUCUAAGAAUCCGUUGUCUCCUAAUAGAUUUUCACACGCCCACCGGGCCGGGUGGCACGCAUCCCGAGCUCUUCCGCUGGGUCCUGAAGCAUUUCGAAAACAGCGCGGCGGGAGAGUUCACUCCUCCCCUAUACUUACAACAUCAGGGCCACAGUCGUACGAUCAUGGGCGUCGAGGUGCAUCGCGAUGGGACCAUUGCCCUGCUCGUACUCGAUCCGAGCCACUCGCCGAUGCAGAUGAGCCAGCUUUUGGACACGUCGUCCGGUUCGGCCGCGAUGCGCCUCUUGCGGAAAAGUGAGGCGUCGAUGAAGGCGCGUCAGUACCAGGUCGUGGCCGUUGUCGGAAUGAUCGACGGGGAUCAACAAUAUCAGCAAAGCAAGAUCCUGAGAGGACUGAGGAUACCUCAAGAUCGGUGAGGGUGAGAGGCGCGCGUUCCCGGUCCCACUUACCCGCCGCCUUGUGGUUCACCAAUAUCGCAAAUUUCUUAUAUUUUUACGCUCUUUGUGUGUUUGUAUUUCGAGCUUAAAAAUAUAAACGGAUCUUAUACACAACUAUAUCACUAUUCAGAAAUACUCUUUAGUCAAUUACUGCCUUUAAAUUAAAUACCGUAAAGAGUACAAAUAAUUUAGGUACCUAGAGAAAUUUGUGCCGUUCCUUCUUAGAAAUUAAAAUGGACCAAUCGGGAAUAAUGGUGUGAAAUCGAGAAAUGAGAAGUGUUAAAGAUAGAAGAACGCGCGCAUUCUUAAAUUUUCCGCUUCUCUUUGGCUUUAACGCUGUAUUUAAAUGCCCCCCCUUUUUUCAUUGUAUUGACGCUAAUUUCACAUUUCAAUCUGUUAUUUCUGACACGAACUGUAUAUAUGUUUUAUCUUAUUAAAGUGUUUUACAAAGUU